AUGUCAUCAGCUUCUCAGCGCUCGGUAGGCAAUUCAUCCAGUUCAUCAGAAACGUUAAGCCUAGUAGUUAAUUUGAAGCUAACUUAUCUAAUCGUGUGCUUGAUUCAUUUUUACUUACACCUGAAGAAAUCCAAGACCAGAUUCGAAAAUGUCAUUCCUAAAACAAAUUCAGGCUAUCAUGUUGGAAAAAUGAUGGAGGAUUUCGAUAUCAUCCAAAGAAACUUCCACUUCAAACCUGAUGAGAUUUUUCCUAGAAUCAAAAUAUCAUUGCUGGUAUCUUUAAUUUGUGAAAGUGUAUAUCUUGAAUCUGAAUCUCAUCAAGCAAAGAAUGAAGAAGAGUUGGAAGAAGCAGCUGCUGUUAUUACUACAAAGUCUACCCUUUCUUCAUACAGAACAUAUCCAGAUAAUGAUGAUGAAGAUAAAAAGGAAAGCCAUCAGAGGCCAUACAUCCUUCUUGAUGUGAGAGAUGUUGAUGAAUACAACAAAAAUCACAUAAUCACGGCUGAUAACUAUCCUAAAAGUCUGCUCUCUCGCGCUAAUUAUGAAACACCUUCUCUUCUCAAAUAUAAAAAUCAUCCUGAGCACAUUAUAGUAGUGUAUGAUGAAGAUGAAAUACUAGCACCCCAAGUGGCUACAACUCUAAUGGAACGAGGUUACGAAAAUGUUUUUAUGCUCAGUGGCGGAUUAAAGGUGGCCAAACAUUGUUUUCCGCAUUCAUUGGUUGUGACGUCAGGGAUAACUAUGAGCGUGGAAACUAGUCAAAUAUUAACAGCACAGCUUCAACAAAUGAGCUUCCGUUAUCGUAAAUGA